AUGGCGCCAACUAACAAAAACCAGAUCACAGAUAGCUUGGGCAAACUCCAAUACAUCCCAUUCGUAACCUGCAACGAGACCUCCCGCCCACUAUCCAUUCGCUAUGGCAUCUCAGAAACAAUCAACUGCACUAUUCCCGUCCUCUCAGACACGCUCUACCACCUCUUCGAAUUUUACGUACACUCCGACGUCCCAAUGACCUGUCGCGUCCCUACAUCCCCGCUCUCCUCCCCCAACAGACUCGACAAAACAGACUCCACCCCCGAGUCCGGCGAGACAGACGCCUUUACCGCACUAAGCGAGAAUGGUCCCCCAUUCACACCUCUCACAAUCGCCCUGCAGGGUACACUCCAGCUUAGCCACCUCCACAUCUGGUCCGAUAUGAACAUGCUCAUGCACGACAUCCCCUCAGAUGCAGCGGCGCAACCCGAGGGUUCUUCAGGAACACAGAGCGGGCAACCGGGCUACGUGAUCGCAGGAACAGCAUACUCAACUCCCGAGUUUGAGGCUGCUGUUAAGAACGUCAAGCUAGAUGAGGACGAGGAAGCAGUCGCUGUUUCGCAGGCGGCGCGCGAACCCUGGACUCUGGGUCACGGGACAAAGGUGAUACGCGGCGAGCCGCUGACGUUUUCUUUCCAUGUUGCUUGGUUGGAGGGCGGUGCUGGCAUUGGGUGGCCGGAGCGAUCUAAGACGGAGUCCUUCUUGGGUGUCAGUGGUACUACUGCUUCGCGGCGCUCGGGGUCUAGCUCGUUACUCUCCCGCCUUUUCUUCAUUAUUAUGGCGGGUUCAGUGGGUGCUUUGAUUGGUCUUUACUGGGAGCGGAAUGGACAGAGCUUUAGGAGGAGAGCUGGUUGGAAGGGGGAGGGUAUUUUGGGAGCGUCUUCUACUCGGGGUGUGGGUUCUAGUGUGACUUUCGGCAAUGGUGGACGCAUUCACGGUUAUGGAGGAUACUCUGCUUCUGCUACUGGUGGCGCAAAUGGCAACGGCAAUGGUGCUGGGUAUGGAGGAUAUGGAGGAUUUCCUACUGGGAAGAGGGAUUGA